CUCCUACCGCCUUCAUCAUCUUCAUUCUUCUUCAGAUCGAAGAGCUCUUCCUUCUCGAUCCAGAUUGAUACAUGGAUGGCAGUGUUGCAGAUAAGGUUCCCAUAAGCUGAUUGUUCUAGGUCCAUCUCGCAAAACCUCAUUUGAUUCUCUCAAAUGUCUCUCUCCCUCUUUUCGUGUUCCCAGUUCUUUUCUGCAAUUCCUUUCGUAAGCAAUUCUCAGGAAGCUAAUGACAAGCCCAAUUCCUUGUCAUUUUGGAGGAGAAAAGUGAACAGAAGGUUUGAGGUGAGUGCUGGGGCUAAGCGAAUAGUUUAUGGUAGAGAAUGCAGAGAGGGAUUGCUGAUUGGAAUCAACAAACUUGCUGAUGCUGUUUCUAUCACGUUAGGGCCUAAAGGCCGGAAUGUAGUCCUCUCUGAAGAGGAUGCUGUUAAAGUAAUAAACGACGGUGUUACUAUAUCUCGAGCCAUUGAGCUUUCAGAUACAGUAGAAAAUGCUGGGGUGAUGCUCAUUCAGGAGGUUGCAGCUAAGACAAAUAGUUUAGCUGGUGACGGUACAACCACUGCCAUUGUUUUGGCCCGUGAAAUGAUAAAGGCUGGGUUGCUCGCUGCUUCUUAUGGUGCUAAUCCUGUUUCUUUGAAAAGAGGAAUGGAGAAGACCGUGAAGGAAUUGAUUAAUGUUCUGAAGAAUAAUAGCUUUCCUGUAAAAGGAAAUAAUGAUAUAAAGGCCAUUGCAACAAUAUCAUCCGGAAAUAAUGAAUAUAUUGGGGGCAUAGUAGCUGAUGCAAUUGAGAAGAUUGGCUCUGAUGGAAUUAUAGUUAUUGAGUCUUCCACAUCGACUGAAACCACCAUCAUUGUUGAAGAGGGAAUGAAGAUUGAAAAGGGUGGGUUUAUGUCACCUCAUUUUAUUACUAAUAAGGUGAAAUCUACUGUAGAAUUUGAAAAUGCAAGAGUUUUGGUGACUGACCAAAAGAUAUCAACAAUAAACGAAAUUGUUCCCUUGCUAGAGAAAGUCAUUCAAUUGAGUGUUCCGCUUCUAAUUAUUGCCGAUGACCUUUCAUGGAAAGUAUUGGAAACACUUGUCACUAAUAAGAUGCAAGGAAUGCUCACUGUUGCUGCAGUAAAAUGCCCAGGCUUCGGAGUUGGAAAGAAAGCUCUUUUGCAAGAUAUUUCUUUCAUGACAGGUGCUGAUUUUCUAUCGGGUGACUUGGGGCUCACUCUUGAGGGAGCAACUUCUGAUCAGCUUGGUAUUGCUCGAAAGAUAACCAUAACGAAAAAUUCGACUACUAUCGUUGCUGAUCCAUCAACUAAACCUGAAAUACAGGCUAGAAUAUUGCAAAUGAAGAAAGAUCUUGCGGAAGCGGAUAGUAAAUAUAUGUCAGAAAAGCUCUCGGAAAGAAUAGCAAAACUAUGCGGUGGCGUGGCUGUAAUUAAGGUUGGAGCUCACACCGAGUUGGAAUUGGAAGAUCGAAAGUUAAGAAUUGAGGAUGCAAAACAUGCCACAUUUGCUGCCAUGAAGGAAGGUAUUGUGCCUGGUGGCGGAGCCACAUACAUACACCUCUCAAAACAAAUACCCAUUGUUAAAAGCUUUCUCGAAGAUCCAGACGAACAUAUUGGUGCUGGCAUAGUAAAACAGGCACUUCUUGCUCCAGCAAAACUCAUUGCAACCAAUGCAGGAUUUGAUGGCGAGGUAGCUGUACAGAAAAUCCAAGCUAGUGACAGUAGAAUGGGGUUCAAUGCCAUGAAUGGGAAGUAUGAAGACCUUUUAGCUGCUGGUGUGAUUGACCCCUGCCGAGUAUUGAGGUGUGCCCUUGAGAGUGCCGUGUCUGUCGCUGGCAGAGUUCUAACAGCGCAAGCCAUAAUGGUGGACAAAACAAAGAAACCUAAGCCAAGUGUCCCUGAGCUUCCCGGCAUAACUUGUUAGUGUGGGAUGGUGUCAUUGUAAACGGCUAUUAACAACACCUCACUUUAGACUACAUACGGAGUAGAGUGAAAUGGAGGUUGUUGGAUUUGUUUUUUGGUAGAGAAUAUUAAGGUCCAUGUGAAAACAAUUUUGAGUUUAGUGCUAGACAAUGAUGGUUCUUUGGAAAUGAUUUUGGCUCUUUUCCUAUACAAUACUUGUGUGAAUUCGAGCACAACGAUUCAAACGCCAAUGAGCUUUAGCAAAGCAAUAGUAAUUUGACGGG